AUGCGUGCAGAAUUGCAUAUGCUCUCCAAUGCGGCCAAUGAUAUCCGUUUCCAUUUCGCUAUGAUGUGCUAUAGUCCUGAUUUUGAGAAGUUGAAGCCAGAGUUUAUGGAGAAACUGCCUCAGAGACUGGGAGACUUUGAGAAGUACUUGGGAGAAAAACAGUGGUUGACUGGAGACAAGAUCAACUACCCAGAUUUCAUCCUCUGUGAUAUGCUGAACGUAUUGGUUAAAUUCGAACCCACGUGUCUGGACAAGCACCCGAAGCUGAAGGCCUACCUUUGCCGCUUUGAGAAUUUGCCGAAGCUCAAGGACUACAUGGCCUCAGACGAGUUCAAGUCGAGUCCUUGCAUGUUUUACACGGCCACGUGGCGAGGAGACUGCUGAAUUGUUGC